ACUUGCAUGAAAUAUCAGUUAGCUUGAAAUGAGUGAUACUUAUCUGUUUCUUUAUGGCACUUUUCAACAGGAUUUAAUGAAUGAACAAACAGUGGCUGCUUCUCAUGACUGUCCUGCAAACCAUAUUUAUAACUCUUAAUCUAGCUGGCCUUGCAACAAAAGACAGCCCAGGAGACACGAAGCAAGACCUAAGUAGCAUGAUAGCUCAAGGCAUCUUGGGGUUCAUGCGACCCUUGCGCAGUGGACUGAAUGUGAGCAAGACUCGCUUUAUUUUCCUCUGUGGGGUGACAGAACAGAAUCGUGUGCCAGCAAAGCAGGUGUCAAGAAGGGGUUUCAGCUCAACGUGCAAGCUCCAGGGUGCCCCGGGGAGUCAAGGCUCUGCAGACCAGGUGACAGUGCAUUUUAUAAAUCGGGAUGGAGAGCGACUUACAACCACAGCCAAAGAAGGGGAGAGUUUGCUAGAAGUGGUAGUCAAUCAAAACUUGGCCAUUGAUGGAUUUGGUGCAUGUGAAGGGACAUUAGCCUGCUCCACCUGUCACCUUGUCUUUGAGAAGGAUGCCUUUCAAAAGCUGGAUGCCAUCUCAGAUGAAGAGAUGGACAUGCUGGACUUGGCAUAUGGACUCACUGAGACAUCUCGCCUCGGUUGCCAGGUGCGCAUUAAGAAGUCGAUGGAUGGUCUGACAGUGCAGGUCCCCAUGGAGGUAUCAGACAUCAGGAGGCAGCUGGAGGUCGGAAAGCAAAGCAAACAGUAACUGGAAACGACUCCUGCCCAACCCACUUCCUUUAGGUGUGGCAGGGCACUUUGCUUUUGGUUAACACUGGUGCUCUUUGGGGCUGGCUUGCAGUAGACAAUGGAAGUCUGAUUUAGUAUGUACAACUGUUCAGCAAAUCUCUUCUUUAAAUAAAGCUUGAUGCUAGGA